GUGAACGUUUCAGUCGCUAGUCACCGGUCGUCGCGUUCGGAUUCAUUUUAUUUUUGUGGUGAUUUGAAUGUUUCAAAAACAUCAAAACAUGAUCAGCUGCAAAAGGAAUCAGCCCAACCAAAUAAGUGAUACUGGCUAAGGAUAUCUUUAGAACUACUGUUAGGAAAAAGGAUCGGGGUAAUCUGCUGAAUCUGCUGUGAUAUAUUUUCUUGUUUCAGAAUAGCGAUAGGGAUCGUUGGUAGUGUGCAUUUAGAUAGAGCGAAAGUGCACGGGCUUAGAUCGUGGGUUGUUAAUAGCCCAAGGCAGUCGGAGCACAUGUUCUAGCGUGUGAUUCAUAUCGCAUCGUCAUAUCAAGUGGAAUCAUCUAAUGAAAAUAAGUGUGUGUUGAGUGUGCAGAUAGUGCAAUGCAAUGCAUUUGUGCAUUUUAUAAAGUGGAAUAGUUUCGUGUUAUGUAGUAAAGCUGUAUUUCACAACAAUCCAAGUAAAAGUAUUACGUAGAGAUCUACACCCAUGAACAUAAGAAGAAUCCAGAGCUGUGAUAUUAGAACAUUAGGAAAGUAAUUUUCAAAAAAUUGCAUGAAAAGAAAUUGGUGUGAGAUAGACGAGGUUUUCCGUACUGCAGGAGAACUUGAGCGAGCGUCCGUUGGCUGUCGGGUAAAGAAGAAAAUUAACAACAGUGAGAAACAUCUUCUGCCAAGCCGUGGUGGCUGCAGUAGUGCUAUCAAGCGGAUUAUCAUCGAACGGUUGAACAAUAUUGUCGCGAUGAGUGCCACCGGGACGGAGAAUAUGGAGGGAGCCGAGUCGACCCAUAACACAAAGAUUUCCGACUCCGGCUACUCGAACAGCUGCAGCAACAGUCAAUCGCAAAGGAGUGGCAGUUCCAAGUCCCGACACAGCGGGAGCAACUCGUCCGGUAGCAGCGGUUACGGUGGCAAAGCGAACAUCCAGGCCGGCACCGAUGCCCCCCUUCAGCAUCCACCGGCCAAGCGCACAAAGGACAAGGAUCGCAAAAAGAAAAAGUUGAAAACGUCGGUCGAACCUCCGUCGGGCGGCGCGGGGGAGGACUCAUUUACGACCGUUUCGGGAGCAACUUUUACUACAGCUUCGGGAGAACAAGUGCAAAGUGGCGGCCACGCAUCGGCUGUCGGUCAGGGCGAAGCUCAAGAGAACCAAAGUCACGUGGACGAUACGGAUGUCCCGGAUGGAGGAGAUGAACCAAUGGCUAAAGAUGAUGCCCCCCAUGUACAGGAUUCAACAGCGGGAGCAGAAACCACCAAGAUACAUUGUGCUCUACCAGGACCAUCACCAGUGGCCUGUGGGGCUGCAGCAACAGAAGAAAACCAAGAGCCCGUUUGCGAAGAGGCGGUGGGUAUCCAAGAACCGGCCCAGGCUGGAGGAACAACCCCCGCAAACGCAAAACCCGACACGGAAAACGGCUUCUGCUGCGUAAUUUCAAUGCAUGACGGAGUGGUUCUCUUCACGACGCCUAGUAUUACGUCUAGUUUGGGUUUUCCGAGCGAUAUGUGGCUGGGACGGUCGUUCAUCGAUUUUGUACACCCAAAGGACCGAUCUACUUUCGCUAGUCAGAUUACAUCCAAAGUUGUAGUUCCGUUGGGGGAAUCCAAAAGCGGUGUUGGUCACAAGGACCAGAAAAAUUCUCUCUACGUAAUGUUACGAAAGUAUAGGGGUUUGAAAAGCGCAGGUUUUGGAGUUACCGGAACGAAUGUCAACUACGAGCCAUAUCGGUUAGUAUUAACUUUUCGUGAAGCACCCAACGAGACUAGCGAAGACAUCAAGAAUACGGGAAGAAAUAUCCUUCUGAUUAUUUCAGCUAUACCGGUCAAAAGUGUCUACACAGUACCGAACGAACAGGUUCAUGAUAAGGAACUCAAGUUCAGUACGCGUCACUCCACCAACGGAAUGCUGAAUUACGUAGAUGGAAAUUCGGUUGAGUCUAUUGGCUACUUGCCACAGGACAUUCUGGGCCGUUCGAUUAUGGAGCUGUACCAUCCGGAGGAUUUGCCUAGCAUGAAAAAUAUAUAUGAAACGGUUAUGAUUAAAGGACAAACUGCUGGAACAUCGUUUGUGAGUAAGCCUUAUCGAUUCCUGGUGAAUAAUGGCUGUUACAUUGUUUUGAAAACUGAAUGGGCUAGCUUUGUUAACCCGUGGUCAAGGGAGUUGGAGUUUGUUAUAGGGAAUCACUACAUUCAGGAGGGCCCAUCCAACCCUGACGUAUUUGCGUCUAAAUUCUAUUGUAAGGAUCCGCUUCUAUUUCCGGAUGAUGUUUUGAAAAAAGCUAAGAUGAUUGAAGAGCAGAUUUUACGGCUAUUGAAGGAACCCGUGGCUAAACCUUCUGACAUGGUCAAGCAGGAGGUUACAAAGCGAUGUAAAGCACUGGCAUCCUUUAUGGAGGAGUUGAUGGAUGAAGUAGCACAACCGGAACUUAAGUUAAAUCUAUUAAAUGAAUCGGACUUUACAUUUUCCGAAAGAGACUCCGUAAUGCUUGGGGAGAUUUCUCCUCAUCAUGAAUAUUUUGAUAGUAAAAGUUCCUCCGAAACGCCACCUAGCUACAAUCAGUUAAACUACAAUGAUAACCUUCAAAGAUUUUUUGAAAGUAGACCAGUAAUGAAUGUGAAGGAAUCUCCGAAAAUCCAUUCAUCCGGUGGAACAAACACUGAAACCAUAGAUGAUCAACGAUUUAGUGGUGACGGCGGAGAGAGCGGAGGAAGUGCUGGCAACUUCAGCUCCGAAAGUAACGUUCAAAUGGAUAGCGUUACGAAUACCACGAGUAACACCGGAACCUCAUCGGGAAGCUAUCAACCUCCAACGUUGACCGAAGAACUUCUUUGUAAGCACAACGACGAUAUGCAAAAAGUUAUGCUUAAAAAGCAUCGUGAAGCAAGAACUCUGGCAAGGGGCACAGAUAAGAACAAGAAAGGACCUCCGGACAAAACAUAUGCCAACAUCGUAGCUCAUGGAGUUAAACGAGGCUCGUCUCAUUCCUGGGAAGGAGACAUACACAAGACCUUCAAACAUCAGCACAAUCCUGAUAACACCUGCGACUACCAACCGCAGUCAUCUCAGGUCCUUGCAACUCCCAAGCCCCCACAGUUGACGUCUUCUACCAUCAUGGACACCUGUACGUCAAUCAUAACCACUACCGCAGUUACCGCAACGCCUCUCUUAUCUUCAAUCUCCAACGCGUACCCUAUGUCCCGAGCUGUCGAGCUGUGCCCACCAUUUUCCGUGAGCGUUACCACCAUACAGGCUACGCAGAGCAACGCAACCACCAACAUUAUGCCGUCGAGCAACAUUUUCCCGACCUUGUACUACAUACCGGCCUCACCACAGCCUGUUCCGACCACUUCAGCCUUACAACUACCUCGCCUUAACCAGAUAACUCUCCCUUACAUGGCCGGUGUCAUGUACCCGCAUCCGCAGCUCUACCAACAGUCCGUACUAUAUCCGCCAAUGAUGUACCACGCCAUGCCUUACCAACCGAUCCCGCCUCCGUGUGCUUCCGGCAAUCGCACACAGCAACAAUCCCAACAUGCACAGCCAUCAGCGCAACUUACUUCGAAUCAACCUGGCCCAGCAGCGCAGCCUGGAAUUCUGGAAGGAUCUGGUCUCUACGACACCAUCAACACCGGUGGCAACAAACAACUACUCCAGAGUUUCUCUUCAUCCAUCCGUGGUGGCGGUGGUUCCCAGUCGCAGCAUCUGUUCCAGAGACCGCCCUCUCAAGCCACUUCGGUCAAAGCCGAACCCGGAUCCAAUAUGGGAAGUAUUGCAUCAGCGUCGAUGGUAAACCGGGCCUUUUCAGAAUCAUCCAAGAAGGAGCUGGCAGAUUCACCGAGGAAUUCCCACGUCGAAGGAGACUUCUUUCAGGAGGACAUGGAUAAGAUUAGAUCCAGGGGCAGCAAGACUCCUGGACCGCUCUGGGAAAUCAGCGACGAUAUGGACGAAUCAAGCUUUUCCAGCUUCUAUUCCAGUUUUCUAAAGACGGAUAACUCGUCGGAAAGUAACUGCGCCGAGAAGAAGGAAGCGACCGAAAUGGUGUGGGACAGUAGCUCCAACAGAACGAGCCGCGCAAAGCGGCGACCCAACCCGCCCUGGUUAGACAACGUCUGCCAGACGAAGGAACUAUUCUAUCAAUAUCAAAUCACCGAGAAGUCGGUGCAAGAUCUCCUGGAUGCUGACAUGUUGGCGUUGAAAAAUCUUAAUCAACCUCUCCUAGUCAACGAGCAGCUCGGACAGCUGUAUCUGGAUCUCGAACUGGAAGGCCUAUCGGCGAAGCUUUCCCUCAGCGAUACCACUUCCGGCAGCAGCAGCGACGACUGCGAAACUCAAAUCAAGGUCAAAAAAGCCAAACGAAACAUGAAGUACAGCAAGCUGGUCAUGAUCUACGAGGAGAACGCACCGUUUCCACCGCCGGCAAGUGCCGGUCGGCUCUGCAAAUGAUUCUGCUGGAUUGAAAGAGCAGCCAGUCGAUGCAGGUUGCAGUUGCAGCCCAAUAUUUUCAGAACAUGGAAGGAACAAGAGAAUGGUGCCUAUUGGCGAUCGGAAAGGUCCGCAACAUGAUUGCGAUGCGCUGUUCGUUCACAGGCUGUUUUGUUUUAGAGAGUUUCGUAGUUUGGAUCAAACUGGCCAGAUUUUAUGUAUGAUUAUUGUCCACAAAGAUGUUUUCAACGACUUAUGGGGCAUCUAUGAAUGACGUAGAAUGUUUUGAAAAAAUCGUCACGGUUCGUCACAAAAUCAGAGUCUCUACGUCAUUUAUGGCAGGUGCCUUAUUGACUGUGUUAUAGAUGACUAUUUUACACCAGCCGUGAAGCAUAAACUUUAUAAUAAAACAUAUGGAAAUAAAUACUAAAAAUAAAGAUGACAUAAUACAA